AUGGACACAUUCGGACGACGAAACUUACUACUAUUAACAUUUCCGCUUAUGUCACUUGCCAUGUUCUUCAUCGGAUUUAGUUUAUGGAUCCCAGAAACGAGCCAUAACACUCGAAUAGCCUGUAUAGUCUUGGGGACGUAUCUGUCUGGUGCCAUCUACUCCACAGGCUGCGGUUCAGUUCCAACUACCUACUCCGCCGAGGUAUACCCCCUAUACGUGCGGCCCUUCGGUAUUUCAAUCGCAACUGCCACAACAUGGUUCUUUAAUUUCCUGCUAGGGGUAACAUGGCCCUCUCUCAGAAACAAAUUUACUGCACAGGGAAGCUUCGCUUGGUAUGCUGGGUGGAAUCUUGUGGGAUGGUGGCUUGUUCUUUUGUUCGUGCCGGAGACGAAAGAUAAGAAUCUCGAAGAGCUUGAUCAAGUCUUCUCGAGUUCAACUAGAUUCCAUAUUCGGUGUGGUCUUCGUCAGAUUAGAUACUUUGUUAAGCGGUAUAUUUUGCGGCGGGAUGUUGAGCAGGUGGUCUUGUAUGAGCACGAGGAUACAGCAUCCCGGGAGCUUGGUUAUAACUCUUGA